AUGGCGGGUGUACCACGGCUUUCAGUGUGGCUCUCAGCGACUGAAGGACCCAGCUGUGAUCAUGACUACGUUCCCAUGUUUGUUACCGCCUACAGAGUUACCGAAGCCUUGAAAUGUGCGCCUUGGAUGAUUAAUCAUUGUAUCCGCGACAUACAUUCUGUGCAAGCAGGACUUCAAGGCCGUGGUUGUAUCUUCAGUUCCAAAUAUCACGGUCAACACGACCGCCUUGACGAUAGUCCUCAGCACCGGGGCUGGACAAACAAGUGGAGGUUGCACAAGAUAUAUUGCUGCAAUUUCAUUCGGGCCCUGGAGCAGAUGACAUACGAGAAUACUGGCAGAAGCUCGAAAUUGUGGGAUGCACGAGGCGCUGAGGCUUUGGAACGAGGCGAGGGAAGAGUGCUCUCGAAUGCCCGGUUACCAAUGCCUCGAUGA